CACUCACAGCAACAGCAACUGCUCGAGUUAAAGAAGAUGUGAUCCACAAUCUAUCAAUGAAACAUUGUGAAAUAUUUAUUCAGGGGUUUAAUAGAUGCAAUUUAAUAUAUCAAGUUUGGAAUAAAACUUCAUGUGAAGAUGUUGCUCAAAUGCUUUGUAAGAAAGGACUAAAUGCUGCAUAUUAUCAUGCCGGGUUGGAUAAACGUGAUCGACAAAGAAUUCAAGAAGAUUGGCAUUCCAACAAAGUUCGAAUAAUCGUAGCAACCACAGCAUUUGGGAUGGGAAUUGACAAACCAAAUGUUCGUUACGUAAUUCAUUAUUCACUUCCACAAUCGUUAGAAGGAUACUAUCAGGAGACGGGACGUGCAGGCAGAGAUGGAAAAAAAUCAAAUAAAUAUGACUGCCGUCGGCAACAAAUUUUGGCAUAUUUUGGUGAACUAUUUAACUCAAACCAAUGUCGUAAAACCUGUGAUAAUUGUGAAAUGGCAGCCACGGCACGAAUAAUCGAAUUCGAUGCUACAGACGUAGCAAAG